AUGGAAGAAUUAAAGAAGAAAUUCAAAGAGGCUACUUUGAGUGGUAAUGAAGAUGACAUUUCAAAACUUGUGCAGUCACUAAUUAAUAAUAAUGAGGAUUUAACGACGAAAGAUAAGUGCCAUAUUCUUGGACAGGGCUUGUAUGACUCAAUUCUCUCAGGCUCAUGUACGAUAGGUAUCAUAAAACUGUUCGAAGGAGCAGGAGUAGAUUUAAGUUUUACAGAUCCACUAGGUCAGUCUCUACUUUUAAAGUCAGUAGGUGCAGGCCGUUCUAGAGAUUGUUCAAAUCUUGUAAAAUACCUUGUCCAGAACGGUGCAGAUAUAAAUCAUGAAAACAUUAACGGGCAAACCGACUUUCUUCAUUUGUUCACAAAAGGACGGCUACCCAACUUAUUCCUAGUCGAACUAAUAGACAAUGUGUCAAAUAUUUUUGAAAAGGACCUCCUAACUGGGGGAACAUUUCUUCAUUUAAUUCCUAACUGCAGAGAUGAAAAUAAAAUUUUAUUAAUAAAGAAAUUACUUGAAAAAGGAAUACCCAUCAACAGCACUGAUAACAAUGGGGAUACACCUUUGCAUGUUAUGGCUAAUUUUGCAGACGUUGAAAGUUUCGAAUGUCUAAUUGAUAAUGAAGCUGACGUUUUUGCCAAAAACAGAUUAGGUGAGACCCCUUUUCACUAUAUUGCGAGCAAUACUCACGUGAAUGAAUUUCAGAAGUUAAUGGAAUUACUCUUAAAGAAAGGAUUAGAUGUUAAUGAUAAAGAUAAUUCGGGAAAAACAUUGAUGCAUCAUGCCUUGAUGUCAAAAGAAACAACGGUUGAGGGUGUAAGCGAACUAUUAAAUCAGAAAGUCGCGCUUAAUGUUAAGGACAACAGAGGAAGAAAUGAAAUAUACUGCGCUGUUGAAGAAGUAGACAUUUCUUAUGAACAAAUAGAUAUGGAACAAAGAGCUGAUGUAAUAAAAUAUUUAGUGAAAGCAGGUGUAAGUGUCAAUGAACGAAACGUUGAUGGAAUUUCUCCUCUCCACUUGGCUACUUUAAAGAAUGACUUAGACAUUCUUGUUGCAUUACUUGACUGUGGAGCAGACGUUACGCAGAGGACUAAAACAGGAGCCACAGCGCUACACUGGGCUUGUAAAAACUAUAACAUGCUCCAUGUUAUUAUUCAUUUCGUUCUAGACGGUAAUUACAAUCUUAAUGUUGUUGACAUUUAUGGGUCAACAGCUCUUCACUGGGCAGUAUGGUUUAAAGAAAAGUCUUCAGUUCAAACGUUACUUCAAAUUGGAUCUGACUACACAUUAAAAGAUAAAGCUGGAAAUAACCCCGAGGUGUUAGCCAAAAAAUUGAAUUUUGCUUAUUUUUCCGAUUUAAUUGAUGGCAAAAAAUUUCAAGAAAUGGACUUUCUGGAACUACAGGUACCGAAUUUGGAAUGCAGUGGCAUAGACCCUUUAAUUGCCUGUCCACACCUGAGGUACAUGAGGAAAGAAAAUGACAAACUAUACAUUGAAGAGUAUCUCAACCAUCUGAAACUCCAUGAAUCAUCUAUUCAGUCUUGUUUGCAAAGAUCUCUUACUUUGAGUGAAAUGGGACUUUUUUACUCACUGGAAGAUAAUCAUCUGGUUCCAAAGAAAAUUCACCAGCUAUUUAUGCUUUUAGCUGAAAACAUAAGCACAAAAUAUCCUUCAUUUACCUGCAAAGUUAAGCUAGCUGGGAGUAUGUAUGAAGGAACCAAAGUGAGAAUUCCAGAUGAAUUUGACUACUUAUUUAUCUUUUCCAAUCUCUCCGGACUACUCCAUCCAGCUGAGGAUGAUACGUUUCCUGAAAGUUUUGUGAAAAUCAGGAUAAGAUCAGGAGAACAGAAUUCUCCCUAUGAUAAAUAUCUCACUAGUGAUGGAUUUCUUGACAGUCAUUUGCUUCUUCAAGACUUCUAUAAAUGUGUAAAUGAAGAACUGGGAAUAAUACUCAAAGAAAACGAUGACUACUGUCAUAUUGUGCUUUUGAAAAGUAUGAAAGAAAUUUGGAAUACCAUUUCAGAGUUGAAGUUUCUUGUAUUUGGGCAGGAAGCCAAAUUUUUCUACGCCUCAAUAGAUAUUGUUCCUGCUCUACAGUUUGCAGACUGGGCACCAAAGCAUCUACAUCGCCAAAGGAAAGAUAUUUGCCAAACAGAAACAGUGGACAGAUAUUCAACAGUUAUUAUGAAAACCCCUGAUAGAUGUCAUGUGAAAGAUUUUACUUUGUUCUUUCGAAUUUCUUAUUCUUAUUUGGAACAAAGCAUCAUUAAAGACAUUCCAAAUCCUGUUAAAAAGAGUUACAUCCUUCUAAAAAUUUUAACGGAAUCUGGAUAUUUCCCUAAGGUUGUGGACCAUGAUUUCAACAGAGCUGUGAAAACCUAUAUAACAAGUUAUCACCUGAAAACUUGUCUUCUUCACGAGUGGUAUGAAUGGACCCUUCACCAGGAUAAAAGUUCAACAAAAACCCAGGAUAAUCAAAACGAUGUCUCUAUUGUAUGGGCUAGGAAAAUAUUACAUCGUUUUCAGAACAGUGUGGAGAAAAAAUUUCUGCCAUCAUUUUUCAAUCCAAAUAAAAACUUGUUUGCAAUAGAAGCUAUGAAUGACGGAAUGCGAGAACAAGAUGAGGUUGCUCAACUUGGGGGACUGUUAGUGCAUAUCCUAAAUGUAGCAACAUGCAAAAAAGAAAAUCUUGAGAAAACGUAAUAUUAUACUUUAAUUUUUAAUUCAUGUUUAAGGUUUUGAUUGCUUGAUUUUGUGAAUAAAAUAAUUUUGCAAUUGCAA